AUGACUGCCCCAGACGAUGAGCAGCGUCGGGCCAGACAACAAGAAGGAAGAAACAACAGGCGGCCCAGCCGUGGAUGGUCGCAGCAGCAGGAGGAGGAAGAGGACGAGGAGAAUGGGCUCACUGAACUGGCAGCGCCUGCCCCAGCCUCGCCAGAGCAGCAUGUGGACGAUUUGAGCCGGGAACAGUCAAGAGCAGCAGAGGAACAGCGCUCCGUGUCCGAAGGCGAUGAGGCCGGGCUUACAGAGGUCGCUGCCCCAGUUCCAGUUGCUGAACGGGAGAGCGGAGACGCGCUAGAAGACGAAGAAGAGACAGUAGCAAAGGCAGUGUCUGACGGCGGCAGCACAUACGAUUACGUGGAUGCUGGAACAGCUUCUGGUGCCGCUCCUGAAAAGGCACGUGGCAGUCAAGAGUCUGCGCCCGCCGAAGGAUCGGGCGAGGAAGAGAAGGUCACCGGCUCGGCACAAGCGAGUAAAGCAGCGACAGCUUGGAACGAGGCCGUCAUCGCUGGGUGUGGAGGCGCUGACAACAUACCCAUCCACCCCUUUCGCGUCGACCGUCCUUUGGGCGAACUUGGGAGGUUCGCUCUGCCUGGCUUCCUCCUCGAGGAUCGCCGGCUCUUUCGCAAGACAGUCCCGGCACAUCUGAUCACCGACAACAAGGAAGCGAUGCACGGACACAUUGCGCGUCAUCAGAAGACACUGCCUCUCUAUAUUGGUCUCGCAACUGGGUUCUGCGGCAGCUUCACCAGUUUCUCCACCUUCAUCACCGACGCCUUCCUCGCCCUCGCCAACCGCUUGGCUUCCGCAUCCCCAACAUCUCCCUACCACACCAUUCCUGCGACAUCGAUCUCUGCGCGCAACGGAGGCUAUAGUUUCCUGGCCGUCGUUGGCGUCUUCAUCGUUCACCCCGCUGUCUCCAUCAGCGCCCUCAAGACGGGUGCGCAUCUCGCCUUGGCCACAGAGCGGGUGAUGCCCGGCAUCUCCCAAAGGUUGUUCUCCCGCUGGCUUGACUGCAUGGUGCUAGCUCUGGGCCUCGGGUGCUGGAUCGGCGCUGUCCUCUUGUCAAUCUUCCCGCCCGGCCCUGCUUCGGCCUGGCGGUCGCGGGCCACGCUGCCGCUCGUCUUCUCGCCUCCGGGCGCACUGCUGCGCUUCUACCUGUCCAUGCACUUGAACUCGCGUGUGCCUUCUUUUCCGUUGGGGACCUUCGCGGCCAACAUCAUUGGGACUGUGGUUGAAGCCGUGUGCUAUGUCCUUCAGCACACAGAUAGGUUUGUUGUCAAGAACGACCUGGUCGAAGCGAGCACUUGUACAGUGCUUCAGGGGUUGAUGCAGGGGUUUUGUGGCUGUCUCACAACGGUGAGUACCUGGGUGGCGGAAUUAAAUGGGCUCAGAAGGAGGCAUGCGUGGCUAUACGGGCUCAUGAGUGUGGCAGUGGCGUUGGGGUUCCAGGUCGCCAUCAUGGGCAGUGUGCUCUGGACCCGAGGAUUUGUUGACAGCUGUGAAGCAUUUGCAUGA